AUGGCGGACUUCGGUUGCCUUCCGGUCUACGAUCCGCGUUCUGGCCUGGGAAAGAAGGAGAUGAGACGGUCACUCUUUUCUGAGAAGUGGAUUCACGCCAUCCCUCUCCUUCUUUUCGUCACACUCUUCAUCCUCUUCUGGUUCUGUUAUCCUGUCACUGUGGAGAUUAAGAAUGGCAAAAUUAUAGGUAUACAUCGAAUUAAGCAGAAUAAGCCUUUAUUGACUGUGAUUCUCAACGGUACUGGCAUGGAUAUUGGUGUUCUGUCAGACAUUGCUACAACAAUAUUAUCACAAGACGUUGCUGCUGUUCCUCAGAGUUUUACAGGCGAAACUGGUACCAAAGAGAUCAUACUGGCAACCGGUGAGUAA